AGUGAUUCAACGGGGCGGUGAGACAUUCCAAGCCGCUGGACUGACGCCUUUUUUCGCACAACAGCAGCGAGUAUGACCGCGGAGGAAGAGAGGGCGUGGCUAGCAACGUGUUUCUCCGCGUCACGACAGGAGCACUUUUAAACGGGUCUCAAAGUUAACCUGUGGCGUUCGUCGGUCACGUGAUGUGGACAGCGACGUUUCGAACGGAAACGAAUCUGUAUUUUUUUUUUCUUCUUAAGAUGAGUUUAUCGUAAGGAGUACUUUGUCUACUUUAAAGUGUAGUCAUGCUGAAGCUACAGUUAAAGUUUGACCUGAAUAAAGACGUGGUGUCCGACAUUCUCACGAAGGAGGCGUCCGCGUGCAGAGCAGCGACAGUUUUAUUUACAGAAUGCAUUGGAGCAUUGGACACUCGCAUCCUGAACAUUGAGCAAGAUGGGAGCAUCCUGUACUCUUGGAAAGGAGCAACAGGGACCACCAGGAUCGGGAAAUUUGACUCCAAACGAAAUACAACAAGGUAUGGUCUCCUGUACACGUUUGAUAAGGAGGUGCACGUCAGCAGCUGCUCCCUGAACAAAGAGGAGACACUCCUAGCUGUCAGUUUGGCACGAAACACGAGAGAGGAAGAACGACUCAAACCAAUAUCCAAGUGUCUAACUCUCCUAAUUGAGAUCCAUCCCAUCAACAACACCAAAGUUCUCAAAGCAGUCGACUGCAGAGUCCGAGUGCAGUUCCUCUACCCACAAACUGACAGGAGAUCCAUCCUGGAGAGCCACCUGCUGCUGCUGACUGAUGAUGGAUAUGUGGAUCAUUAUCAUGUUCUGCUGACCAAACAGGAGGGUUACAGAGUGGUGAUGGUGAAUCCAGAUCGUUUGACCAAAGCAGUGGAGAGAGUCGUGGAGGACUUCAGCUGGGUUCAGUGGGACGGACACGCGCAGAGACUCUACUACCUCACGCACAGGGACAAGUACUUGCUGCGAUGUGUUCAGUUUUACCCCAACCACAACUGUGAAACUAUGAUGGAGCUCUCAAUAGAGCUGCCUGCUAAUCUUUUCAAGACAGUAAAGUUUGUCAAUCUGGGUUUUGAUCAUUACCACACGGAGAGACCAGAGCAGGAACACGUCAGGAUGGAAGUGUUCACCAACAGUAUAGGAACCAUGUGCGUGUGCUGGAGCCAAACACUUGGUAAUAAAGAGGAAGUGACCUACACUGUGGUUUUGGUUCACAGAGGUUGCAGCAAAAAGUUCAGAGUGGGUUUGGACGCUGAGCAGUUGCCAGAGAAUGUCACGUGGCACCUUCCACUCUUCAUUCCCAUAGGUUACUACGUUCUGGUCUAUCUAGCAGGUUGUUUCCUCCACUGCAUCAACACCAGACAGCAGGAGAUGCUCUGUCACUCCCUUUUUCUCUCCGGUUGUGAUGUGGAUUUGGGUCUUCAGUGUCGGUCAGCUGACGUCACAGUUUUGUCUGAGAACGAAUCCAGUCCCAGUUUGUUGGACCUGUCCAGUGGGAAGGUCUACAGUGCUGAUUUCAGCGCUUCCUUCCUUUUGAGGAUUCUACGAACAGACGCACCAUCAAGGUGUGUGAGUGGUGAAGCGGACCGCCGGCGCAUGGCCGCCCUGCACUGCCUGCUGGUUUGCAUGGGAAAUGAGCCCAAACUGGAGCUUAAGGUUACAGAAUGGCUGUGUGACAACGUGAACGCCUUUGCAUCCUUCGAUCAGAUCCAGGAGUUCAUCCUUGCCUCUUUGUACAGAAUAAGCCGUGAAAAGUCUCUGAGCCUGGAUAAAGUCUUGCCUUACUCCUCCGUGUUUGACAUGAAGGAGGUACCGGCGUGCCUGCUGCAGGUCCCUGGUGUGUUCUGCACCACUGAGCUCCAUCCUGAGCCUGUCUUCAAAGGAAAGGCCCAGAGUCUCCAGGGUUUCUGGUCGGAGCUGCAGUGGAACACAGAGAGGCCAAAAUACCUGGAAGCUGUUCCCAGCCCCAGAUACACGAGUUCCCACAUCAGCGCCCACUGGGACAAACUGCGGUCUGGGGGGGGAACAUCGGACCAGCUGAACCACAUGGAGAACACAAAGAAAGUCCUAUCAAUGGUGGACACCUGGUGUCUCGAUAAGAAGCUGGUGCCACUUUUUCAAGAGGAAGACCACCAACAGAGGGCGCUCAUAGGCCUGACCGUUGACAAGCUUCGUGAACACUUGAACCGACACCUGCCACGUCUGGGAAAGAAGAAGAUCGACUCUCUGGUUGUAAACUACGUAGCCAAGCUGCUGGAACUCAUCAGGCACAUAUUGGACUCUGUUUGGCUGAAGUACGAACUCGGCCCUCGCGUUUUGUGCCUUUCGCAGCAAGGCAGUCCUGCAGAGUGGUCUGUGCUCCACUUCAUGUUUCGAAUCCUGGAAGCCACCAGGGCGCUGUGCCUGCCCCUCCCUCCUGGCUAUCACACCCUGUUGGCAGUGUUUGCGGUGCGUUGCCUUCCUCAUCACACCUUCCUGCAGUACAUUGACCACGGCCUCCUGCAGCUCACCGAAACCUUCGUGUCACGGCUCGCGACAGAUUUGGACAACAGUGACGCCAAUGAGAAACUGAAAUUCAGUGUACUUAAGAGACUCCCUCAGCCGAUGGAGAAGACGAUCUUCCGUAUGUGGGACCACCCUGUCAGUUCAGCUUCAAUCUCCAGAGAUUACGUCAGAACUCUGCUGGAGAAACGCAACAAAAACAAGGGGUUUGUGUUCUGCAGCGGCGACCAGCCCGGAUUCAGGCUGGAGUUUCUGCCUCUUACCCACCUUACCAAAGCCCUCUCUGAUAUAGAGAAGCAAGCUCUGAAUCCAUUCACGGAGCAGGAGAAUGUGGACGCAAAGUUUGUGGAGGAGACGGCGCUGAAACAGACGUGGAUUCUGCUGGGCUUUGAGGAAAAAUGAAGAGGGGACGGGCUACAUGAUGGGGAGAACUGGACCUUCAGGGCGAAGAAGGAAUGGAUGGGUGAUGGAGCGGCAGUCAGAGCGAUCAUAAACGAGCUAUCGCUCCGUGAUGACUAAUGUGAGAUGGAGGAUGGAUGGAUGGAAAGGUGGCAGAAUUUGCGAAUGAAGAAAUCCAGUGAAUCUGCAUUUGAUUAUUUGAUUAAAAUUAAUUUGCUGCUUUUCGAAGAAAAAUAAAACCCGGUGCACAAAAGGAGUUUAAGAUUGAGACGGCUGAAAUGCGCCUGUAAUGUGCAUUUAUUUUUAAUAUCGCAUGAAAACAAGUCUUAUAAUCCAUCACAUGGAACCAGAGGGGGCAGGGUUCGUAAUAAAAGCUAACGCGCUUCAGCAUGUCUGCGCUGAAGACCGUCUGGUUUGAAUCAUGUCCUCGUGCGGCCUCGUGAGCUCCAACUGUCAGAAGGACGCAUGUUCGUAAUCCUUAGUGGCAGAGGCAGCGCGAGAGCAGAUUUACAUCCAUCCUCACAUGUUGACUGGAGAAAUUCCAAAACACUCUUCUGGGAAAAAUGGAAUUUAUCAAUUUUGUUUACAGAAACAGCUUUGUAUGAUGAGUUGUAAGUAAAUAAUUUU